AUGACUCAAGGUGAUAAAUUUAACAUCCAAUCUGUAGCUAUAAUUGGUUCAGGUGCAGCGGGACUAACAACAUUAUUUGAAUUAUUGAAUACCAAGAAGGAGGGAUCAACUGCUCUGAAAUAUACGAAUAAUGGCGAAUUAGAUGUGCCUGCGCUGGAAAAUAAUGAUCCUGCUUUCACUAAAUUAGUCGCGUUUGAACAAACAUCCAGAGUUGGAGGUAUUUGGGCACCAAGUUUUGAUUCGCCAGAUAUUAUUCCUCAAGAAGCUUUGGACACUGAAAAGUACAACGAUCCCUUUACCUUAAAGCCUAAAACGACUUUACCACAAGAACUUGGGACAGGCGACUAUUCGCAGGAAAAUCCUCUUUACUUAAAGAAUAAGAAUGCGGGAUUUACUUGGAAUAAUAGCGGUAUUUACAGGCAUUUGUAUUCUAAUGUGCCUAACAGGUAUCUGAGAAACUCUUUCAUUCCCUAUGAAGAGAAACCCCAGCAUGAAUUUAGCACUGAGAAUGUUUUAGACCCUUUGAUUACAAACAGUAAAGUCACCAAUCGCUUACUUCAAUUCGCAGAAAAAUUUCACUUGGUUGAUCAUGUUAGAUUGAACUCAGAAGUUGUCGAUAUUCGUAAAACAUCGGAUGGAAAGCAGUGGAAAGUUACAGUGAAGAAAACUUCGAAAAAUGACCCAAACGCUCAGUGGUACACAGAAUAUUUUGAUGCAGUUAUUGUAUCUACCGGGCACUACUCGGUACCAUAUAUUCCUCGCAUAAAGGGCCUAUCAUCGUGGAAUAAGGAGUUACCUUCCAGUUUGUUCCACUCGAAAUCAUUCAGAGAUCCAAAAAUCUUCAAGGACAAAGUGUGUCUCUUUGUGGGAACAGGCUUAAGUGGAAUCGACAUUUUGCAGUACGCUUUCCCUGUCGCCAAGCAAGUAAUUGUUUCAAGAUCAGUAGGUAAAGAGGAAAUUUACGAGUGGUUGACUAAAGCAGCAAAUUCUGAUGGUUUAAUUGUGAAGCCAAGAAUUAAAGAGUUGAAACCAUCUAAACAAAGAAAGGUUAUUUUCGAAGAUGACUCCAUAAUUUCGGGUGUUGAUUAUAUCAUUUUCUCAACCGGAUAUCAUUGGCACUAUCCAUUUUUGAAUACCGAAGAUACUGGCGUGUCUAUCGUAGGUAAGAACGGCGCUUCACCUGAUGGAUCAUCAAUGGUCAAAGGCCUUUAUCGAAACACUUUCUCAAUCAAAGACCCAACUUUGGCUUUUGUUGGCGUAACCUUGACACCAUUUAAAUGGCCAUCAUUUGAGUUGGAGGCAGCUGCAAUUGCUGGAACAUGGACAAACAACGGGGCUUGGCCCGAUAAACAAGAUCAAGUUGCUUCUGUGCAGAUAAGGGUUGAGCAAACAGGUGAAAGUAUCCUGUUUCACUAUUAUCCUGUAACUCAUUUUGCAAAAUACAUUGAAGAAGUUAGAGAGUUCCUGCCAAAAGGACGAGAUGCGACUACGAUUUUUGAUGCUGAUCAUAUUGACGACAUGUAUGCUUCGAUGGUCGCUGCGGAAAGAUUGUUUUAUCAAUUAAAAAAUGGAGAAAUACCCAUCGAAGAUACGGUAGGACAGCCUUGA